AUGCAGCAGGAGAACAAAGUUUUAAGAGAUCAACUCCAAGUUGCUAUUGUAGCAAUAGCUGACAUCCAGGUCGUUGUGAAUCAGUUGCACCGUCAGCAGGUAGAGGAAAUACCGCCCACAAUCAACUUUCCGGUUUUAAGUGCUGAGCAACUGGAGGAGCUGAAUGCGAAGAUAGACAAGGAAAACCGCGCACUCUAUGUUAAGUCUAUGAAGUCUCUUCUGCAACCAGCAGGGGUUAUUAGAAAUUUAAAAUUUAUAUUGUCCGACACGUUGAUGCAGGAAUAUAACGUUGAUGGAAUUCACGGUAAAAAAUCUCUAAAGGGUCUAGACAACUUUUACGAUGCACUGAUAGACCAACAAGGAGCAACAGAAAUGUGA